AUGUCCUCCCCCACCGCACAAUACCGCCUCCUCGUCUCCCGCGCAGUCACUCAACGCCUCACAUCCCCCUCCCUCGACGACAUCCCUCCGCCCCCCACCACCACACUCGCAACCUGGGAGCGCACAGAGCGCCUCAACGCCCGCGCCAAAAUCAUCGCAUGCUUAGCAGUCUUGGGCGUGCCUUGGAUGACAUUCACUCACGACGUGGAGAAAGCAAGGCAAGAGGUGCAUAUACUCGCGCCUACGCGGUAUGAGGAGGAGAAAGUGGUACCUGGACAUGACGCGAAGGUCAAGGAGAGGGAUGGGAUGCGGGACUAUGCGGGUGGUGAGAUGGUGAAGAGGGAAGCGUGGAAGAGAAUGCAAGAUGGACAUGUAGAUCUGUUGCGGCGGUUUGGACGGGCGAGGUUGAUGAGAAUUAAUAGGGUGAAGUUGCUGUAA